UAGAAAAAUCGGUCUCUUUUGCUUAUACGAGAGAAAUGAGAACAUAGAAGAAGCAAAGGAAGACCUCCUCUUCUUUGCGCCUCCUCUUUUCGCUUCUCUCUCCCCUCAUUCUCAAUUGGGGAUUCUCUCCAUCUCUCUCUGCCUAAUUUAGGUCUUCAUUCUUUCUCAACUUCUUCAUUCUCAAUUCUCAAUCCUCAAUCCUCAAUUCUCCAAUUCAAAUUAUUUCUUUAUAUCUCUCUAUCUUUCAACUUUUUCCAUAUUCACUCACACCUCUAAUUCUUAUGCAGCUCUCUUCAAUUCAUUGUUAGCAUCUAAUGAAACAAUUAAGUUCAUUCUUUUGGAUUUCUAACGAUAAAAGUCUUUGCUUUCUUUUUUGUUUUUCGUUUUUCGUUUUUGGGAACAGGGCUGGGUUGGGUUCAUUGAUGGUAUUGGUUAUCUCUCAUGUCAUGUCCUUUUUACUGUAGUGAUUUUUUGUGCUUUUGUAUUGAUGAUGAAUCCUCACAUUCGAUGGCUGUUGUGGUUUUUCUUUUUUUUUUUGAAAUAUUUGAAUGUGGAAGUAUGCUAGGGUUUGUGCUUAAUUUAUGUUUACUAGGUUCAAACUGUCUAAUCAAAUUACUCAUGUUGUAGAGAUUUUUUGAAUUUCAUCAUUUAUUGGCAAAUUGUUUUUGGAUUAUCAUCAUUUAUUGGCAAAUUGUUUUUGGAUUAUCAUCAUUUAUGUCCCAAAAGUUUGAGGUGGUAUAAUUUUAUUCAUACUUGAUAUGUAUAUUGUAUAACUUGUUAAAAACUAGAUAUAGUUGAUAGGACUGUUCAAUUAUGUUUUAAUGAUCUUUUAAUUCGAGCUAGAGUAGUAGCCUGUAUUUUCAGAAGAUAGUAAUGGAUUUUUCUAGUUUGAGGAAUAUACAUUGUUUUUUAUGGUUAUUUUAGAGAGCAGAACUGGUCAGUUCAAGUAUGCCAUGAAUCUAUCAUUGGUUAGUUCCUACAAUUGCUAUUAGGCACCACCAGCACUAGCGGCUUAGUAAUGAUUAGCGUUAUUUUAUAUUAAUUAUUAAAUUAAAACAUAUGUAUGAGAUCCAAUACUUAAUUGUAUCGUAUGACACUUGGUGCCUUUUAGCAUUUCUCGCGAGUUCCUUAUUGCUUGAAAGUUGUAAGAAUCAAAUACGUGGUAGCAAGAGAGUCUUUUGGCUAAAAAUAGGGUCUAACUGCCAAAAAAGGGAAGGUGGAAGAAAAUGAUUAGCUGGUGUAUUUGAGGUCUUUCUUUUGCUCGUUGUUGCCUUUAAUAGUUGUUGAUCAUACAACGGUUAUGUGUCUGACCUUUCCAUUAUUUAAUACGGUCAUUUUGCUUAAUUGCUUUGCUUGCUUAGUCAUUGCUUUUGUCAUCUGUGGUUUAAUAGAAGCAAGAGAUUGUCAAAAGUGUGUACUUACUAAUUUUCUGCUGAUAUGCUCAAAAGCAAGAGAUUGUCCAAGGAAGUCUUGAAAAAAAAAAUUAGAAGAAACAGCAUUUUGGGUUUCCCUAUAUGUAAGAAAAAUGUGAGUUAUUAGCAUUUUGUGCUGAAACUUUAAAUGAAUGACAAAAAGGAUAGAAAGGACAUGAAUCUUUCAUUCUAUCAUCCUCAACAUUCAUAGAUAGUUACCGAGGCAAAUCUAAAAUUUAUUUAUAUGAUAAUAAAGUAUUAAUUUGAGUUCUGCUUCUUUCUUUUUUCCCAUCUAUUGUAGUAAUCCUGGAAGAAUUUUUUACGUUUUGUUUGAUCUUGAACAUAUGGGAUCGUCUAGUGGAUAGCACAGUCUAAAAGAAAAGAGAAAAGGUUAGGUCUUUCUUUCAUGUUUUGCUUAAAGAUGGAUAUAUAAACUUCUGUUUUGCUUGAAGUUGAGAAGGUAACAAUGAAUUGCAAGAUGGGUGAUUUUAUAGUCAUUUGGGAUAAUAUUUGAGUUUGUAAUUCAGCAUUUGAUCCUUCUGUUUGUAAAUAAGGAAAUCUGUUCUUGUCAUAUUGAAUAUACAAGCACUUUCGGUGUUAAAUGAGAAAUACAAGCACUGGAUCUAGAUGAAUGUACCUCCCUACUCAGUUAAAUCUUUACUUAAAUUAUUGCAAUCUGAUCGUGUUAUUUGAUUUUCUAAAGUGUGAUGUGAAUUUUAGUAUUAGCUAUGGUGGUUCUUAAAUUCAUCAGUACUAGGCUAUGUGUGGGGUGAAAUUGUGUUAGCAAAAGAUUUGACAUGAUGAUUAGUCCACUUGCGGAAGAUCAUUUGGACAGUUUCACAUUAGGAUAUAAUCAUUCCAAGUUCCAAUAUAUUUUGGAAGAUUUUGUGAAACCAAGCUGGAGUUCCAAGGAUAAAAGGCGUUGGUUCUGUUUGCAGCCUUUUAUAAAGUGCUUAAAGUAACUACAUGAACUAGUAUAAAUUUGGCUACUUAUUCGUGGUGCCCUUUCAAUGAUUUGUUUCCAUUCCUUUAUAUGAAGCCUCAUAUGUGUGUGUGUAUAUUCUUAAUCUUUAUGGCCCCCAAGUCUUAUAAUAAAUAUAUAUAUAAUCUUAUGGAGAAUCCAAUUCUGCAGGUUUAUAGCAACUAUAUAUUGAACUGCAAUUAAUUUAUCCAUUAAAGUGAUUUUUUUUUUUUUAAGAUCUUGAGAAUUAUUCAUGACAAAGCUGACUUUUAUUUCAUUCUUUUUGUAUUGUAUUCCUACUCUUUUUCAUUCUCUAUUUCAAUAUAGCUUGAGAAGUUUUUGAGAAGUUGGCUUUUUAAAUUCUUUUGGUUCAUAUAUGUGGAAUUUAAAUGCCCUAAAUCUACUUUUUCUUAAGCAUUAUAUAUCUGGGCCUACUUUGAAGUUUGCCUUUGAACUGCUGGCCGCUCCAAGUUAACUAACUCUUUGUAUUGAAGAAGUAUCUCUUUGCAAUAUUAUUGUGCUAAUAAUUGUGGAGACAGGUUAAAUUAUUGGACAUCCCUUUUGGACUCUAAAUGGAUUUCUCAAUUCUUAUCUCAGACUAUUGACAUUCAUACACUAAAAUGGUAAGUAUUGAAUACCUUUAGUGAUUGAAAAGGAGGAGAGUCCAGUCAUAGUCAUUGUGACAUGACUGGACCAGACUCCCAUACAUUUGAUGCUCCUCUUCUAUUUUACGAUGGUAUUUGCUGUUUAUAUCUUUGCUUUACACUUAACACUUUAUCCAUAAUUUGCCUUAAACUUUGCAUUAAACAUCACAUUACUUUGGUAUUUAUUUGCUAGUUCUUCACUCCCUUUUAUUCAUACAUCUUAAGAUAUUUUCCAUCUUACCAUAGCAGUCUGAAUUUUUAAUCUUGAAAUUUUAUGUUAAGGAAGUGAACUGCAGCUGUAAUGGUAUAAGGACAUACUCUUCUUCCCCCUAAUGGUCAAGAAUAUUGAAAAACAAUUCAUGAUGAAUGAUAAAUGAUUAUACUUACGUAGAGUAGAGUUCUAAUCAAAUUGUUUUAAAAAUUCUUAGUUUCAUGCUUUCCUCCAUUUACUUUUUUGUUAUUAUAAGUUAGGUAUCACAGUAAUCGAACUUUACUGAUUGCCCCUUAGUUUAAGUACUUGAAGUGGCAUUCUAUUUCUAUUGUUAAUUAUGCAUCUGUAAAGCCCUGUUCUAAUCUCCAUGUGAAUCAACACUGUAAUGCCUACAUCAUAUGUUUGUUUCUUAGCUAUAACUAGUGCAUAACUAUUUCCAAUUGUUUGAACUAGUACCAAACAAUCAUAUUCUUUGUAUAUGAUUACUUUAUACGUGAACGUAUUAUAAUUGGGUUGAGCAUAUACUUUAUAUAAGUGCACUGUUUUGGUGAUUAUCCAUUGAAACCAGUAUUAGAAUAUUGAGUGUGGGCUUGGCUGGGUCAACUGGGGUUUAAGUACAUUGUAAGAGGAUGCUUAAGAUUGCCCCUUAUGAUAUAUAUUUUUAUAUAACUUUUGCUAGUGAUUUUGGAGUAUUAGUCACGGAAAAUGAGUGGGGGAGAUAUUGUCACCAUUAUUAUGUGUAAGUUUGGUUUAAGAUCUCUGAGGAUAAGUAUAGAACUCUGUUGGAUGUGACAUGGGGUAGAGAUUUCCAUGAUAGUAGGGUGUCAAAGCUUUUCUUUAAGGCUUACUCAUUUUAUAAGCUACAUUGUUUCUUCUCUUGGCCUUGACUUUUGUUAUUUAUUUUUUCCUUUUUUAAUACCAACUUCCUUCAUAUCUCACUCUUCUUGUCUGGUUUAUUAACAUCAUAUAUUCAUAUGGCUUGUUUAAAAAAACCUAUUUUUUUCUAUGAGUUAAUUCAAUAAUUGUAUGUAUGGUAGUUCCUUUACUUUUAUUUUUUGAUAAUUCCCAAAUAAAUAAAUAAAAGAAAAAAGAAAGUAAGUCGGUUUCCGGUUAAAAAAAGAAAAUACGGUAAAAUGGUUCCUAAAUUUAAGUUUUGACCCUUAUUUAUUUAAUUUUUAACAAAUUACCGCGUUCUUUCGGAUUUACUUUUACCUGUUCAAUUUUAAUAGAUUUUCUUAAAUAUUAAGUCUUAAUUUUACUGAAUUACCGACUUUAAUUCCGCCUUUUCUGGUGUCAGUUUAACAAAUAAAGUAAAUUACCUUAAAGCCCCCAAUUAUAUUGCACCGUUUAACAACCCUCCCAAACGUCACGUCGAAGCCCUUUAUCGUCUUUUCACCUCCUGGCUCCAAACAUGAACGAAUAAAAUAUCAGGCUCCUCUCUUUUUUUCAAAAUUAAUUAAUUAAUUAAAAAGAAAAAAGAAAAGCUGAAUACUAUCUUUCUCUCUCUUGCUUUGGAGCGAACCAAUAUUCGGAAAAGGCAAGAUCUAGACCGUCAAAUUUAAAGAUCUAACGGCUCUCAUAAGUCGGCGAGUAGUUACCCCAUAACUUCUCACUGUGGAUUUUUAUCAUAAACCCUAGCCGCGCGAUUCACAGAAACUCGGUUUCCCUCCUUUUCUCAUCUUCUUCACUCUCACUCACUUUCUCUCCUUCCAAACAAUCUGUAAGUCAGUCUCGAUUGCUCGCCGAUCGUAGAUCUUUAUCUAUCUUUAUUUUUAUCUGUGUCUCUUUCCCUGUUAGAUCUUUAGUCUCAAUUUUUUUUUUCUUUUGUAGAUAUUUUCAGGACAGACCUUUCUUCUUCUUGUUUUUCAUACGAGUCUUUCUAAGAUUAUUGUUGUAUCUUUCAGUUUGUAAAGUCCUAAAAGAAUUUUAUAGGAAAAAGAAAAGAAAAUAAUAGAUUGUUUGUAAGUUAUAAGUAAGUUUUUGUAUAUAGGAGUCGUAUUCAAUCUUUAUGAGCUUCGACUAGUUAGUCAAGAUAAUGACGGACUGGAGAGCAUCUUGGUUGAUUUGCGUUUCCGAUUAUGAGGUCUGUUCGUGCUGAGCUUUUGGGUUCAGGGUGGUUUGGGUCUGUCCACGCGUCCGAGUUCGAGGCUGAGUUGACUCGCAGGUCGACUCGAAGGCUCAGUGAGUCCAGCGAUAGGGUAGUAAGUCCACGAGUCAAGGCACUUGGGAGCCUGGGCCCUGCGGCAAUGCCAUCGGUUGGCAUGAGAAGGACCACAAGGGUGUUUGGGGUGGUAAAGGGUGCAGAUGGAGCGAGGGUGUUGAGGUCAGGGAGGCGGCUCUCGGCCGAAUCUGGUGAGACUAAACUCAGGAGGCAUAACGAUGGGGAUGACUGGUUUAACGUUGUUAAGAGCAAUGGUGGCAAAGGGGGUGGUGGGGGAGGCCUCAGCUAUAGCUGGUCUGACAAUGAUAAGCCCAUGAGAAGCCCCACAGCGGCUGAAUUUGAGGCGCCUAAAAAGCCCCCAAAGGAAAGUUCUGUGGCUGCUUUGGCUAAAGUGCACGACACAGAUAAAAUGUAUGGAAUUGUGUACACCCGAAAGAGGAAGAAAAGUUGCGAGAGUCGAGCAAUAUCGGAGGUUUCGUGUGAUGGCAGGUUUGGGCGUCUUUUCAAACGUCGACAGAGAAGGAAGCUAAAUUGUGGUGUGAGCUCAGAUGUGGUAGCUGGUCAUUCUGAUGGACGAGAGGUGAUUAACGUUGCUGUUGCUUCAUCCCUUGAUAGGAAUCUUUGUGCUGUUCGUUUUUUGUAUUCUGUUUUGGUUUACAUGACGAGGGCCAGACUGAGAUUAACCGAUCUUUUUGAGUUUCUCAUCUCCGAACCUUUACGAAGUGUUCACACUUCAUCUGGCAUGACCACUUCCUUGGAGCAUCCUUCGACUGAGCAUUUUGCGAGUUGCAAGAUUUUUGGAUCCAUCCAAUUUCAGCCUUUAUUUUGUGUGGACUUUUCUGCAAUUCCGCAUUGUUUUAUUUUCAUGCAUUCAUGCAUGUUUUUUAGACACAAUCAGCCAUCAUUUGUGCGUAAUGAUGCAAUUCUCGAUGGUGAUGACAGCAUGUCUGAUGACGAUGAAAAUACAAAUAUUUUGGAAUCUGCUGCAAUUUUCCGACCUGAAUUAAGUCAUACUGAUAACAGGUGGUUGUCACAUCCAUCUGUUAAAGCUUCCAAGUUGGCUAGUCGAAGCACUCAGUACAGGGGUGGAUUAAUUUCACGAAAAAGGCGGAGUUCGCUGAGGAGGGCAAGAGCUAGAAAUCCUUCAUUAAAUAGUGUACAGAAUUUUAAUGGAGUUUUAGUUUCUGAUUUAGGUAUCUUUAGGAAAAAUCAAGUUCCUUCUGUGGGAUCCAAUAACAAGAUUCGAAGGUCACUUCGAAAUAAUAGAUCUGGUGGAAGCUUGAAAGAAUUGAAUUCUACAAAAGCAGUAUUAACAAAGAGUACGGACGCAGUCUCCUGCUCUGCAAAUCUUCUGGUUAUUGAAUCGGACAAGUGCUACAGGGAAGAAGGAGUAUACAUUAGUUUAGAAAUGUCGUCUUUAGGAGAGUGGCUUAUUGCUGUUAAGAAAAAUGGAACAACAAAAUUCACCCUCAAGGCAGACAAGAUUAUGAGGCCAAAUUCUUUUAACCGCUUCACACAUGCUAUAACAUGGACUGUGGAUAAUGCUUGGAAGCUUGAGUUUCCUGAUAAAAUGGACUGGCUUGUCUACAAGGAUCUUUACAAGCAAUGUUCUGAUAGAAAUGUGUCAUCUACUGGGGUUAAGAAUAUACCUAUACCUGGGGUAAAAGAUGUCUCACUUGAUUGGGAUGGACGUAGUGCUCCAUUUUGCAGGCCAAAUUCAUACAUCUCCGUGAGAGACAAUGAAGUCAAGAGAGCCUUGGCAAAUAAGAACGCAAAUUAUGACAUGGAUUUAGAGGAUGAGGCAUGGCUAAAGAAAUUGAACAGUGAUAAUGGAAUACCUGAGCUUGUUUCAGAGGAUAUUUUUGAAUCAUUGUUUGAUACCUUAGAGAUAGCCUACUUUUAUAACGAAGUUGAUAUCACUACGGACAUUAAUUUAGCAAUUCGUUUAUGUCAAAAUUUGGGUGGGAGAGAAGUAGUUGUAGCCGUUUAUGAAUAUUGGUUGGAAAAGCGGAAGCAGAAUAAGGCAUCAUCACUGCUUCGGGUUUUUCAGGGUAAUGAAAUGAAAAGAGCCUCGACAACCAUAAAGACUUCAUAUCGCAGGAAGAGAUCCUUUAAACGACAACCAAGCCAACUAGGAAGAGGCAAACAAUCCAGUUUUUUGUUUCACGCCAUGGUGUCUGAAAUAGGCAGUGUUGAUGAACAGAAUGCCUCACUUACUAAAGCUCAAAUCUCAGCAAAAAGGUGUAUGGAAUCAGCAGUUUGCAAACGUCGUAGGGCUCAGAUGCUUAUGAACAAUGCAGAUCUUGCUACAUACAAGGCAACAAUGGCGAGGAGAAUUGCUGAAGCCAUGGCUUUAUAUCCCAAUUGUGCUUCUGCUUCUGCUUAUUUUCUUGAUUGAGAAUCAAAUUGCUAUGACCACAAUUACCCAAUUUUAAAUUCAAAGGGGGGAAGGAAUAAUUUCUCUGUGGCUGGCUGGUUUAAAGGCCCUUCUUUUUUUUGGCGAAAUGCAAGUAUUGUAAUUUUGUAUAGCUUUUCUAUUGGUAUUCUUGUACAUUCUGUAUUAAUUAUUAGUAUAACCUCA